AUGGAAGGUCUAAUUCCGUUAGUUUAUAGAGCCGUCAUGCAAAUCCGUUACGGCGACGACUCGACCCAACUUUCUUCUUCUUACUAUGUUCGUCUUCCAGGCGACUCGGGUCGGUUUGGAAGAUCCGAAUUCGAUGUAUCGGGUCUAGGAUCUUCUUCCAAACCGGCGUCGAAUACCACCACCACCACGUUUGCUGUUUCCACUAGAGUCCAGUCACCAGUUUCUCGUCACGUGAUUAACACGCGCUCCUGA